AUGUCCCAAGUUAUUCAAGCUGGUGCUGUUCUUGGCUUAUACACCGCACUCACGAUUAGUACAUAUGUUUUAGAACAAUUACGAAUGAAGAAUUUGCUAGAUAUUCAUACUUCAGCUGCAACUGUGGUACCAUUAGAUGACCAUCCGGUCCCUUUUUACGUCCGUCGCGAUAGAAACGAUAGACAAAGAAACAUUAAAGUUUUCGGAAAUGAUGGUGUGCAAUUGUAUACAAUCGAAAGAUUGUCAGCAAUUAAUCCUAUUUGGAACAUGUUAACGUUUCCUGAAAGACGGGAGGUUGCUACUAUUAAUUCUGGAGUCUUUAGUAGUUCUGUUGACUUCCACACGAAAUCUGGAAUUUCUCAUCGUGACAUAAGUGUUGAUUACGGUUUAGGUGGUGGGAAUCGAAGCUUUUAUACCAAUGAUGGUGCAAAAUAUACUUGGGCAAGAGGUUCCAAGUUUUUAGAGAAGGUAAUUAAUCCAAAUGGAGGAGCUGAAGAGAUCAGAGAAAGAGUAGCUAAAGUUAAAUUGAUGAGACAAUUUAAGUUUGAUUUUGAAGUAUUGGUUAAUGAAAGCAAGAUUGACAGGGAAAUUGCUUUAGCAACUGCAUUCUCUUCCAUGUUAACCCAAUGGGGCGUUGGAGAAAUUACUGACACGGUUGGGCCUACUUUUAUUGAGCCCAAGAAGCAAGUUGAUGCAGAUACUAAUAAGUUCGUUAUUUCAAAGGAAAAUGAUAGUUCGGAGCUCGUUCUUAUGAUUGAUAACAACCAUUCCUUUGUUAAGCUUCCUGCUUCUGACUCUUCUCGUAUAGCUGAACUGGAAUAA